AGAUGGAAAUGGCAUGCCGCUGGUGACUUCUUCUAUCCAUGGAGAGCUUUUUAAACGAGAGUAAAAUCCCGGCACACUUAGGCCACCCGGCCCAGCCGCAGGAGGCGGCCGGAGAGGUUAGACGCGGACCGGAUCGGGACUUCAGUCUCCGCGCACUGACCGGGUGCGUCCUGUGCGUCCUGAUCGUCUCCACUCUUCUGGGCAACACGCUGGUCUGCGCCGCAAUCAUCAAGUUCCGCCACCUGCGCUCCAAAGUAACCAACUCGUUCGUGGUGUCGCUUGCGGUGUCCGACCUGUUCGUUGCGGUGUUGGUGAUGCCGUGGAGGGCGGUCUCAGAGGUGGCCGGGGUCUGGCUCUUCGGCCGCUUUUGCGACACCUGGGUGGCUUUUGACAUCAUGUGCUCCACCGCGUCCAUCCUCAAUCUGUGCAUCAUCAGCAUGGACCGCUAUUGGGCCAUCUCCAGUCCGUUCAGGUACGAGCGCAGGAUGACGCGCAGGUUCGCCUUCCUGAUGAUCGGCGUCGCCUGGACGCUCUCCAUCCUCAUCUCCUUCAUCCCAGUGCAGCUCAGCUGGCACCGCGCGGAUAACUCCACGACGCGAACCAGCCCAGGUGAUUGCAACGCCAGCCUGAACCGGACCUAUGCCAUCUCCUCCUCCCUCAUCAGCUUCUAUAUCCCUGUGGUCAUCAUGGUGGGCACGUACACGCGGAUUUUUCGCAUUGCCCAGACCCAGAUAAGACGGAUAUCUUCUUUGGAGAAGGCUCCAGGACCCCGUGCGCAGAGCCAGCGGCUUUCCAACUCGACGCACAACGAAAGCACACUGAAAACGACCUUUAAACGGGAAACCAAAGUGUUAAAAACACUUUCCAUCAUCAUGGGGGUCUUCGUGUUUUGCUGGCUGCCGUUUUUCGUCCUAAACUGCGUGGUGCCCUUCUGCAACCCGGACAAGCCCGGAGCUCCGCCGUGCGUCGGCGACACCACUUUCAGCAUCUUCGUGUGGUUCGGAUGGGCCAACUCGUCCCUGAACCCGGUGAUUUACGCCUUCAAUGCGGACUUCAGAAAGGCCUUCGCCACCAUCCUCGGCUGCAACAGAUGCUGCUCCACCUCUGCGGUGGAGACGGUGGACUUCAGCAACGAGCUGGUGUCCUAUCACCACGACACCACGCUGCAGAAGGACCCGGUGACGGGCCCCGGAGCUCAGAGACUCAUCCCUGCGCACACAGCGGGGGAGCUUGAGCAGAACUUUGACAAACUUUCCGAAGAUCCCAGGAACCAGCGGAAUCUGCUGCUCCCUGCCAUUCUGCAGCUCGAAUGUGAGCCCGAGAUCUCUUUGGACAUGAUGCCCUCUAACUCCUCCGAUCACACUGACUGCUGUGGCAUCCCCGGUCAGAUCCAGGACCUCUGAGUAUCCUGGAUUCUUCAGAAGGCAGGUCGAGCAGAAAUCAACUUGAUCAGUUGCAUCACAAUAGAACAACUGUUCCUUUUUUAAACUUUUUCCCCCCAUAGAAAACAUUAUGCAUCUCUAUCUGCUAAAAUAUGAUCCAAACUCAUUUGUUUCAACAUUCACAAUUUAAAUAAUUUGGCCUACAUAGAUUACUUACAAACAGAAUGGAAUUUUUUUUAUGUAUUUCUUUCUGCUCAUUUUAAUGACUGCUGACUAGAUGGAUGUCCAUCACUCACUGGACACCCUCCAUAAGAAGGGUAAGCAACAAAAGAUCACUGAUAAAGCCAGCUUUUGACAGAGUGCUGUAUUCAAAUUACUGGAAAGUUGAG